AUGCAGACAGCGAAGAAUGCAGCAGCAUCCGUCAAGGAGACAGCGGCAAACGUGGCUGCCUCCGCCAAGUCCGGCAUGGAAAAGACCAAAGCCACCCUGCAAGAAAAGGGUGAGAGAAUGACUGCACAUGACCCAACGCAAAAGGAAAUGGCGACAGAGAAGAAGGAGGCAAGGAAGGAUCAAGCCGAGUAUGAGAAGCAAGUAGAGCGUGACCAAAACGCGGUGCAGAGACAAGCGGUGGAGGCCACCGGAACUCACUCAUAUUCCACCACCGGAGCCACUGGUCAUCCCAUGGGAAGCCACCAGAUGUCGGCGUUGCCUGGACAUGGAACUGGACAACCGGCUGGAGAUGUGGUGGAAGGGGUGGUUGGGUCUCACCCUAUUGGUAGGAAUACCGGCACCGGUCAGUCUGUUGCCGGGAAUAACCCAAGUACUGGUGGAGGCGCUGGCGGAUAUGGCACCGGAGGGGCAUACCGUUGA